GUGCGCGCGCUGCCCGCCGAGCAGCUGGCGCGGUGCUGGCUGGAGCUGGCAGCGGCGCCCGGGCUGAACCCCUCGCAGCGGGAGGCCAUCGAGGCAGCCUUCACCAGGCGCUGCACCCUCGUCCAGGGUCCGCCAGGCACGGGCAAGACCACCACGGCCGUGCACGUGCUGAAGGCUUGGGUGGGCCUCGGCGUCAACCGCUGCUCGCGACCGCCGAGGGCAAUGCCGCUGGACAACAUUGCCGAGGGCCUGGCGAAGCUCGGCGUCAAGGUGGUGCGCGUCGGAAGGCCCGAGAGGAUCCGGGGAGACCUCGAGAGGCUGACCAUGGACGCGCAGCUGAAGGAACGCAGGGCCCGCGCGGAGGCGGCGCAGAGAGCCCGCGACGAGGCCGACAGGGCCAGCGCGCACCAUUCUCGCCUGCAGCACCUGGAGGCGAUGCCGGUGGCCGCUGUCCGGAGAGAGGCGGAGCAGCUCGGCGUCGACCUGUCCCUGCCCGCCCUGGCACACCGCGAGGAGGCCCCGCCGGAGGCGCUCGCCGCGCCGCCGCCCGACGCCGGCGGCGGUGCAGAGGAGGCCACCGGGCAGCGCCCUGCCGCGUCGCCGGACUCCGCCGCCGCGGGCGCAGAGGAGGCCACCGCGCAGCGCGCUCCGACGGCGCUGGACGCGGUCCUCGGGGCCAUCGCGGCCGCGCAGGAGGCGCGGCAGGGCGCCGAGGAGGCCAAGGCACGGGCCGCCAAGUCACCGGAGGCCAGGGAGGCGGACGACCGGGCCAGCAGGCGCAGGCUGAGGGAGCAGGAGCAGGAGUUCCAGAUGGAGGUGCUGGGGGACGCCGACGUCAUCUGCACGCAGAUGAUCAGCGCCGGUAGCCCGCUGUUUCUGCGGCUGGGGGAGUUCCAGGGGAUCCUCGUGGACGAGGUGGCGCAGGCCACCGAGGUGUCCACCAUCGUUCCCCUCGUCCAGCGGGGCUGUGAGCGCUUGGUGCUGACGGGGGACCACUCCAGCUGCCCCCCACGGUGCAGUCCCGGGAGGCGGAGAGGCGCGGGCUGA